GCUUCUUCUCCAAACCAAGAGCUCACAUCCCCAAUCCGAUCUAACCCUAACCCUAACCCUAGCUCAAGCUUCUCUUCCUCUCCUCUGCUCGUCAUUGUGAAUGGUGGCCGAUCGUGCGGUGCUCUCCUCUCCUUCGUCGUCAUCGCCGAAGCAGAGGUUCACCUUCGCAUCCUGCAUGCAGGGCUGGCACUAUCGUUGCCUCGGUCUCGAUCCUUGAAUACUCGCUGUUGAUCGGAGACUGGCUGGGUCGCGCUUUUUUUUUCACGGUUUUGUUCGAAUAAUUUGAGUGUUUCGCGAGAGAUCUCGCAUUUUUAGUGGAAUAAUGGGUCGAUCGCUGUCACCACCGAUGACGCCGGCGCAGAGGAUGAUGAGGAGGACGAUGCAGACGGCGUCGGCUACGCCUCCUGCGAGGGCGGGGUCGGUCCGGUUGUUGAUUUCGGUGAACGUGCUGGGGAGUGCUGGGCCGAUCCGAUUCGUGGUGAAGGAGGAGGAGCCCGUCGGCGCUGUUAUCAGUACCGCACUCCGGUCCUACGCCCGGGAAGGCCGCCGUCCUGUUCUUGGAUCUGAUCUCAAUAACUUUCUUCUUUACUGCACCAAUUCAUGCUCUGACGCAUUGAGCCCAUUGGAGCCCAUUGGCAGCGUAGGGAGCAGGAACUUCACAUUGUGCAAGAAGCAAGGGGUGGUGGAGGAGGGGAAUUCGCAGCAUCUGAUCAAGAAGGGGAAUGGAAAAUGGAAGGGCUUGGUUAAUAACGUGCUCAGCUUCCGGAUCACUUCUCAUUGAUGGUAUCUUGAUGUUCUGCAUUUGUCCUGAGAAAAAGACUGUUUCUUUUCCUUCAUGCUAGUUAUGGCUUUAUCAUGGUUCGUGCUUAUCUUUUUCCUUUCAAGUUGAGUCAGCUGAGGAUGAGUGGUGCACUGUUUACCUUAUCUAAGUCUAGUGAAUGUUCUGUUCUUGCGUAUCUGAAUUCAAUAAAAUUGGCAGAUGUUUGCAAUUA